UGAUAUGAUUUUUAAGAUCUGAGGUCGGGGUGUUCUAGAAUCUAGUCGAGUUAGUAACUUUACAUUAAUGUUUUGAAAUAUGUCUCUUUAAGAAAAUACCUUCAAAUGACCUUGAGAUAUGUUAUUUCAUCAAUGACCAAAAUGACCUUGAAUUUUAACUAUGACAAUUUAGUAUCACCUUGACAAUCUAUAAGGCCCAGGGCUGCAAAAAGGGCCUUUAGUCAUCGAUCUCUUUGGGCAAAUGUGAAUUCGAGUUUUGGUUUAAAAUCUGCACAACAGGUGGAGACACUUGACGAAGCUUCGAUCAUGUGAUUUUUUUUCUCAUUUCUUUAAAUUGUUUAUUUAUUUUCCUUGAAAUUUUAUAUUCUUUUUUUGUAUUAGUUUUUUUCUUUUCGUUUCCAUUUUAAUUUGAUUGAUUUGUUCCCUUCCAAGAUGAUUACCAACGAUGAUUGUACCAACUGUAAAAGAGCUGCAAUCAAAUUAGGUUAUUGGCAAGAUCCUUAUAUUGAUCUUUUCUCCAGAGGGACUCCUCAUAUUGAACGAAAAACUCCUGAAAUUAAUCGAGGUUAUUUUGCUCGUGUUGCCGCAAUUAAGAUAAUUAUUGAGAAAUUUCUUGCCUCCGUUAAAGGUCAAGGUAAACAGUGUCAAAUUGUUAACCUAGGAUGUGGAUUUGAUACACUUUAUUGGAGAUUAAUGGACAACAAUGAUGGCGGUGAUACCGAUAGAAAUGUUGAUUCAUCUUUAAUUAAACACUUUGUUGAUGUUGAUUUAUAUGGUAUCACAUCAAGGAAAAUAUUUCACAUUCGACAUCGUCCAAAAUUAUUAUCUUCCCUUGGUGAUGAUAUUCAAUUUAAUCCAAUGGAAUUGCAAUCAAAUGUUUACAAAUUGAUACCAGUUGACCUACGUGAUACAAAUAGUUUAUCAACCAAAUUGUUGACCGAAUGUCAUCUUGAUAAAGAAUUGCCAACUCUAUUUAUCGCCGAGUGUGUACUCAUCUACAUGACGGUUGAACAUUCAAACAAUUUAAUCGCCUGGAUAUCAGCUAAUUUCACUCAACCCGCUUUCAUUAACUAUGAACAGAUCAACAUAUUUGACCGAUUUGGUCAAAUUAUGGUUGAUAAUUUAAGGCAAAGAGAUGUCGAACUGCUUGAUUUGGAUUCGUGUAAAGAUUUGGAAAGUCAAAAGUCCCGUUUCAUUUGCAAUGGUUGGGACAAUGUCGAAGCCUGGGACAUGUACCAUGUUUAUCGAUUCGGAAUUCCACCUAACGAAUUGCAUCGUAUUGAGAACAUUGAAUUUCUCGAUGAAGCCAAUUUAUUGGAACAACUAUUAACUCAUUAUUGUCUUGUUGUGGCGAAAAAAAAUCUCCCAAAUUUUAAGGUUGAAUUCUGAUCAAUUUUUAUGAUUCUGGACUCAUGUGAUUUAAUUGUCAUAACAAGAGAUUGAAUUUUACUCACUGGAUUAAUUUUCUCGUAUUCAAUUUCUAGUCAUUUGAUGAACGGAAUUUAAUUGCAAAUUUAAUGCCAAAUAUUAAUGAAUAUUAUUAAUUUUCGUUUCAAUUUUAUCCAUUGGACACUAAUCAAACUUAUCUAACUGUAAAUUGUUCAUGAUGAUCGAGUACAAUUAAGAAUAUGAUUGGUUUCGUUUUCCUAUCGAUAUUGUGUGAACCAUUUUCCUGAUUCAAGAAUUGGAAUUUGAAUGUUGAUUAAAAAAUAAUUUCGUCCGAAUUUCGUUUUCAGUCCAUUACAAUCAAUGAGAAUAUUUUUAAUUACAAUGAGAAUCAAUGUUUCUAUUGUAAUAAUAUCUCCCGAUACAACAAUUAACCCAUAAAUUGUCUUGUCUUUCUAAAUUUUAAUAAGUGUUCAUCUAAUAAUUGAUUCAAUUUAAAUAUUUAAUCAAAUCUCAUUUUCUUAUUGUUGUCAAUAUAAAACAAGUAUUACCA